AUGGUCACCAGUUCGGAUAAGUGCUGUGACGUGAGGUGCACUGUGGCGGACACGCCCGAAGUGGCCCCUGUUCCACCCAGCAGCUCAGGAACCCCAGAGGGGACCGAGAAAGGGAGCCGCCUGCUGCAGGCCAGCAGGGUGGGGAGAUGGAGCCCCCAUAGUGCCCCAGCCCCAGUGAGCACCACGGCUGAACCCGGGCUCAUUCCAGAUCUCGUUGCCAGGAUCCCCUGGCCCCGAUGGGCACUCGCGGCCAUUGCUGCCAUCGCCGUCCUCAUAGUUUCUUGCCUCCUCGGUGUCCUCUGCUGCUGCUGUCGCCGAGCCCGGAGGAGGAAGCCCAGAGACAAAGAGGCCGUGGGCCUGGGCAGUGCCCAAGGCACCACCACCGCCCACCUGGUACAGCCAGAGGUGGACGAUGUGGAGUCCAGCCCUGGGGGAGCCCAGCAGUGGGGGCGCCUGCGGCUCUCCCUGGAGUACGACUUUGGAAGCCAGGAGAUCAGGGUGGGCCCCAAGCAGGCAGUGGACCAGAGGCCGUGCCCCGGGGGCCACAGCAGACCUUACGCGCGCAUCAGCCUGUCCACCCAGGCCAGGGACACACACGAGACCAAGGUGCUCUGCCUCGUGUUCGAGGAGACCUGCUGCUUCCACGUUCCACCAGCGGGGUUGCCAGAAACCACAUUGCGGGUGCAGGUGCUGGACUUCAGGCGCUUCUCUGGCCAAGUCCUGGAGCUUUGGCAUCAGCUGGGUCCACCAGACACUGCCGAGGCCCAGCAGAUGGGUGAGUUGUGCUUCUUGCUCCAGUAUGUCCCCAGCUCAGGCCGGCUGACGGUGGUCGUGCUGGAGGCCCGGGGCCUGAGCCUGGGGCCGGCAGAGUCCUACGUGAAGGCCCAGCUCACGCUGAACAGGAGGGAGUGGAAGAAAAGAAAGACGUCUGCCAGGAAGGGCACAGCCACCCCCUGCUUCAAUGAGGUGCCCUUCAGCCAGAUCCAGAGUGUGGACCUGGUGCUGGCCGUCUGGGCCGGGAGCCUGGGGCUUCGGGCCGAGCCUGUGGGUAAGGUGGUGCUGGGUACCCAGGCCUCUGGUCAGCCCCUGCAGCACUGGGCGGAAAUGCUGGCCCAUGCCCGGCGGCCAAUUGCCCAGUGGCACCGCCUGCAACCCCUCAGGGAGGUAGACGGGGCCCUGGCCCCGCAGUCCCGCCUGCACUUGCCCUUGCCUGGCUCCUGAGAGCAUCCUUGAGCCUCAGUCUCCCCUGACUGAGCUGUGGGCACCUGUCCAGGCCACCCUGGGGCC